CACUACAGCGUCCCCUCUUCCGGUGUGGGAACAAAGGUCUUCCAACGAAGAACGUACGUGCUGUCUGUCUAUAAAAUACUCAGUAAUUGCAUAAAACAGUAGAACAAAUAUUUGCCAAAGAACCAGGUCUACAGGCCCCACCAUGCUCAGCUCAGUGUGGACCCAGCCCGGCCGUGAGACCAGGGUGAGAGACCCGAUGCUCGACAGAGAGGAGGACGAACCCGAGCACCGUGGGCCAGUACACGACAUGGAGCCGGGAGAACCCAGGGACCAGUGGGCACGGAAAGCCGAGUUUCUGCUGGCGAUGGUCGGCUAUGCAGUCGGGCUGGGAAACGUCUGGAGGUUUCCGUACCUCUGUUACAAAAGCGGCGGCGGUGCCUUUCUCAUCCCUUAUUUCAUCAUGCUGUUCCUCUGUGGAAUUCCCCUGCUAUACAUGGAGCUGGCCGUGGGACAGUACACACAGCAAGGACCAGUAGGGGCACUGGGCAAGAUCUGCCCUCUUCUGAAAGGGGCUGGAUUGGCCACAGUGGUGAUUACAUUUAUCUUCUCCACCUACUACAAUGUCAUCAUCACCUGGGCUCUGUACUACCUCUUCAACUCAUUCCAGGACCCUUUGCCCUGGGCUCGUUGUGACAACCCCUGGAACACUGAAAACUGCACAACUGGUCUGAACCGGUCACUUCUACAUAAUGACAGCACUUCACCCAGCAAUGAGUUCUUCGACCACAACGUGCUGGAGAUCAGUAGUGGGAUUGAUGAUUUUGGAGCCCCACAGUGGGACCUGUCCCUCACACUGCUGCUGGCCUGGAUUAUCGUCUACCUGUGUAUCUUCAAAGGUGUCAAGUCAACAGGAAAGGUGGUCUAUUUCACUGCAACGUUCCCGUAUAUCGUGCUGAUCACCCUCCUGAUUCGUGGCUUGACGCUGGAUGGAGCAGUGGAUGGAAUCUUGUUCUUCCUUCGUCCCAAAUGGCACCUCCUGGGGACAGCUGAGGUAUGGAUCAAUGCUGCUGCACAGAACUUCAAUUCUAUCGGAAUUGCCUUCGGAGGUUGCAUUGCCCUAUCCAGCUACAACAAGUUCAACAACAACGUCUUCAAGGACACAUUGAUGAUUGCGUGCAUCAACUCGGCAACAAGUAUCCUGGCAGGAUUUGCCAUCUUCUCCGUGAUGGGCUACAUGGCCUUCUUACAGGGAACUACUGUUGAUAAGGUGGCAACCCAAGGUCCAGGACUUGCGUUUGUGGUGUACCCUCAGGCCAUAGCCACGAUGCCUGUGUCUCCUCUCUGGGCCAUUCUCUUCUUCAUCAUGCUCCUGCUCUUGGGGAUCGACUCUCAGUUUUGCACAGUGGAGGUGAUCAUCACCACCUUGUACGACCACUUCCAUCCCUUCAUCAGGAAGUACCUGAAGAGGAAAGAAGUGUUGGUCCUGGUUGUGUGCUGUGUGUCAUACCUGCUUGGGCUCCCCAACAUUGCACAGGGAGGGAUGUACUUCUUCCAGCUGAUUGACUUCUAUGCUGCAGCCAUCUCUCUCAUGGUCAUUGCAUUUUUCGAAGUUGUUGCCAUCUCCUGGAUAUACGGUGCCAACAGGCUUGCCCGGAAUAUAGAAGAGAUGACAGGAAACAAACCAUGGAUGUACUUCAUCGUUUGCUGGUACGGACUGUCUCCAGUACUCAUUGGAGGUAUCAUGAUCUUUGGGUUCAUCCAGUACACCCCUGUGAGGUAUGGCGACUACUACUACCCGGGAUGGGGGCAGGCGAUUGGCUGGGUCAUUGCCUCACUUUCAAUCAUCUGUCUACCAAUCGGAGCCAUCCAUGCAUUGCUGAGUGAAAAAGGAGGCUUUGUGCAGCGUUUCAAGGCGACCCUGAAGUCAAAGAUUCCCGACCGAGGAACGCUCGCGUUUGAACCGGAAGAAUUUGGCUCGUACCAGAAGAAAGAUCCAACUCUCCCACCAUCGUAUAACGACAUCUCGCGUAAUGAAGGAUUCCCCUCAGCCCCACCCCACUCACCGAUGGCUGAGAGUGCUCUUUGAGUUGUAACAUCAGAUUCUGUAUCAUGCUUAAUCUGUAGGGUAGGACUAUAAAACAGCUGGUACUUUAGUAUAUUACUGAUCUAUGAUCAACUCUUUGAGUUGUAACAUCAGAUUCUGUAUCAUUUUUUAUCUGUAGGGUAGAACUAUAAUUUAGUAUAAAACAGCUGGUAUAACUGCUUUAUGUCCCACCAUAACUUCGAAAGCUCAUGGCAGUGGAUAGUUAUGACUUGUCACAUUGAGAUAACACCAAGUGUUGCUAAUAGCUAUCUUGUGAGGACACCCUUGUACGUAGUUACUACUGUAUAUAUGUAGGUGACUAUACAUAUUUGCACACAUGUAUGCUUUUGCUGUUUUUUUUGACAGAAACCUUACAGUCAUGAGUGUCAUCAGAAAUGAAAAGGUGUUUUUUUUACUACUUAGGUCCUAAAGUAACAUCGAUAUUAAUGUAUUUUAACUAACUAAAGUUGUCUUUGAAACUUGCGGAUAUAUUAAGAUGCUUAUAGGGUAAGAUACAAACUAUAGAGGCAUAUGAUGAUAUGACAUUCAAAUUUCAUAUCAAUGCUCUAUAUUUUACAAAGUUGCUUUUUGUAUUGAAAAUGUAAUAUCUGGAACAGCUUACCAAAGGGUAGCAGUAAGUAUACUUAAAUAUCAACAGAACUAGAAAUCCCUCUGUUUUGUUGACAUUACUGCUAUGUUGUACAUGUAUACUCAUAAGGUCAGUAACAUGCCAUGAUAUUUGUUUGUAUAUCUUGUGAAGGCAUCGCAUACGCCCUUUACAAGUGUUUUACUGGGGUAAAUAAUCAUGUCAAAUAUUUCUAUAUUUUGUAUUGUGGUAUAGGUUUUAAGCAUAGAAGUAGUGUGUUUGCUUGGUUGAUUUUGAGAUAAUUUUUUAAAGACUAU